GCAAGGCCAGACACUGCUUAUCACCGCCUCUCAGUGAAGUCUGAGAUUCAACACCCAAGUCACUUGACCUCACAAGGCUUCAGUGAGGUCCUCAGUGGGGCACCUGCCAGUGAGAACUAAAAGAGAAUCUAGCACCUUGGGCAGGGCUUUUUAGAGCCCUGGCUGACUUCUCUUGUCCGGGGGCCAGAGCAAAAGAAAGGUACUUUCUGUGAGGUGCUUACCAAAUGCUUGAAAAGGAGGAAGCCUUCUGGCAAGUCUUCUACAAGUCCAAGGCUGGUGGCUUUCUUCAAGCAAUCUGAAGAGAAGGCUUGGAUCAAAGCUUGGAUAAAAGACCGAGAACGGCAACAGGCCCUCAGAUACACCCAGCUGCUUCCACCUGAGACCAGUUACGAAAAAUGUCUCUGAAGUUACCGAGGAAUUGGGAGUUCAGCCUGAGAGCAGAGUCUGGGAAAAUAGCUCGGUCAAGGAGUGUGAUGACUGGAGAGCAGAUGGCCUCCUUCCAUCAGCCAUCCUCCCCCAAUGCCCUGGAGCGGCCCCUGAAGAUCGGCUGGCUGAAGAAGCAGAGGUCCAUCGUGAAGAACUGGCAGCAGAGAUACUUUGUGCUAAAAGGUCAACAGUUGUACUACUACAAAGAUGAAGAGGAUGUCAAGCCUCAGGGCUCCAUGUAUCUAUCAGGAAGUACCGUCAAAGAGAUUGCCACAAAUCCAGAAGAAGCUGGGAAAUUUGUCUUUGAAGUCAUCCCAGCCUCAUGGGACCAGAAUCGAACGGGACAGGACUCCUAUGUCCUUAUGGCCAGCUCACAGUCAGAGAUGGAGGAGUGGGUGAAAUGUAUCCGAAGAGUCACUGGAACGCCAUCUGGAGUGGUAUUUGGUCAGCGACUGGAUGAGACUGUGGCAUAUGAACAAAAAUUUGGACAUUAUUCGGUGCCCAUCCUGGUAGAGAAGUGCAUGGAGUUCAUCCGAGAACAUGGCCUAAAUGAGGAAGGUAUCUUCCGACUGCCUGGACAGGACAACUUGGUGAAGAAGCUGAGGGAUGCCUUUGAUGCUGGGGAGCGACCCUCCUUUGAACGAGAUACAGAUGUCCAUACUGUGGCCUCCCUGUUGAAGCUUUACCUUCGAGAACUUCCUGAUCCUGUGGUGCCAUGGAGUCAAUAUGAAGGAUUUCUGCUCUGUGGCAAACUUAUGAAUGCAGAUGAAUCAAAGGCCCACCAGGAGCUAAUGAAGCAGAUUUCCAAUCUUCCCAGAGACAAUUACAACCUUUUGAGUUACGUCUGUAGAUUCCUAUAUGAAAUCCAGUUGAACAGCGCAGUCAAUAAGAUGUGUGUGGACAAUCUGGCCACUGUGAUUGGUGUGAACCUCAUCAGGCCCAAGGUAGAAGACCCUGCCGUGAUCAUGACAGGGACUCUCCAGAUACAAAGAGUGAUGACCAUGAUGAUUCGGGACCAUGAACUGCUCUUCCCCAAAUCCAAGGACAUCCCCCCAUCACCACCUGCCCAGAAACAUGACUCCAAGAAGUCUUCAGUCCCUCGGAGCUCCGUUGGCUGGGAUGCUGCAGAGGAUUCCUCAAUAACUCGGUCAGACAGCUUUAAUCAGACGACCAAUGACUCUGAUAGCAGCGGCUCCACCGGCUUAAAGGCGGCCGAUGGCAGUCUGGAAUUGGAGACCAGCAAAGCAUCGAAGGGGCUAUCCGGAUCAUGGAAGCUGCAGUCUCGAAAAAGGACUCAAACGCUUCCGAACAGGAAAUGUUUCUUAUCUUCAGCCUUGCAAAGUACCAACAACACCAGCAGCAGCAGCAGCAAGGUGGAGAUCUUCGACAAUGAGUUCUGGUCCUCCUCUACUGAAGGCAAAGCCGGCGGCCACAAAAGAACACUGUCUCAAGAUCUACGUUACUUUCCAGAAGCCGAGCCGACCUCCCUGUGCCAAAGAGAUGCCCCCUGCUCAUCAUCCGCCGCGGAUAAAACGAGCCCACCUGAUUCCCAGCCAGCCCCCGCCACUGACACUCCGACCAGUUUAAGCACUGAGGAAAAAGGGUCUGUUCAGAGGGACCACGAGUCUCUGCAGAAGGAGAUCUUAGAACUGAAAAAGGAAAUGGAAGCACAGAGGCAGGGCUAUGAGGAACGAAUCAAAAGCCUGGAGAAAGAGAACUAUGACGUUUGGGCCAAAGUAGUGAGACUGAAUGAAGAACUGGAGCAAGAGAAGAAGAAGUUCAAAGAGCUGGAAAUCAGCUUGCAAAACAUGGAAUGCUCACGGCAGGACAUGGAGAAGAGGAACAAGGUCCUGGAGGAGGAGCUCAAAGAGUGCUCCAAGUUGAAGUUGACAAAGGAGCCCAAUUCAAAUGCUUGAUGGUGGAGAGAGCCGACGGCUGCCCAUUUAGGGCACAGUUUGACUUCUUGUGAGUAACUGGAAGGUGAUUCAGACACCGUUGCCUUUUAUUUAUGUUGGAGGAUUUGGAAGCAAAAAUACUUCCUGGAAGAGAAAGGACUAUUCGGUAAACAAACCAACAAAAAGCCUUCACCUUUCCCAGGAAGUUAACUUGGUAGUCUAUGGCAGAUGUGUCAGGUUGCCACACGGAUGUCCCUAUUGGAUGAGUUUGGAAAGGCUUUUUCCUCUCUGUGUCAGGAUGAGGGAAGAUGACAUCGGUUCCUCUGAUAAUGAGUGAAUAUUUCUGACUCAAAAAAUUCUGGACAAGCUGCAGUUCAGGAGAGCUCAGAAAAGCAGUCGGUUCUGGGCCCUUCGGUUCUGGGCACUUUGGUUCUGGGCCCUUCGGUCUUCGCUUCUGGGAUCUCUGAGUCUUGAGAGACAAAGGACAGAUAAUGACAGUUAAUCAACUUGUUUAUCUGUACUGUGAUUGAGAUGCUUUUUGGAUCUUUCAAGUUUGAAUCUUGACCACCACUAUCUCAAAUAUGAGGUGGUAUGACAUGGUGGGACUCAGGACCUGGGUUCAAGUCUCAUAUUUGACACCUACUGGCUGUGUGACCCUGGGCAAGUGAGUGCUCUAGGCUACCCACUAAGACUUGUUGUAGUUGCAGAGAUGGUACUGAUUCGCAUUGAUAAAUGGAGUUGUCUCAUCUAAGAAUUCCAUAUAUCAGUGAAAUCAAAGAUUUGGUUCCUAUCCUUGAUAGUGCCUAGAAAGGCCCUAGGUGAUUUCCUUAUCACUCAGCCAAUAUGUUCUUAAGGAUUGGAAACUACAAUGGAAAGGCAAAACUGGGAUAUAUGGGUGUGUUUGGUAUAAUUUAUCAUUUUACAAAAGAGGAAACUGAGGUCCCAGCAGGGGAUGUGUUUCCUGAUGUCAUAGAACAAGUUAGUGGCAAAAUUGGAUUUAGAACCCAGGUCUCUUUGUUUCCCAAUUGGUGGUUCCCCCCCACCCCCAAUGUACAACACUGCUUCUGUAAGAAGAUAAAU